AUGCUGGGAUGACGUCAUAGUCGUUGUUUCGAAUGUCGGGAGCUAGCGCUGGGUAGGAGGCCGCGCACUCAGCUGGGGAUAAAACUUGUCUAAAUCUGAAGUCCGGGGUCGUCGACAGCCUUCGGUACUUUGAAUUUCAGGAAUAUCCUCUCCCAUCCCCCUUUCCCCCUCUGUCAGAGCAUGGCUCAGGAGACCAAUCAGACGCAGGUGCCAAUGCUUUGCACUAUGGGAUGCGGUUUCUAUGGUAACCCCCGCACCAACGGCAUGUGCUCGGUCUGCUACAAGGAACACCUGCAGAGGCAACAGGGAGGGGGGCGUUCCAGCCCCCCGGGAGAGAAAGCUGCUACGUCACCAGCAGGAUCACCAGGAUCAGCUGGUGUGACUGUGGAGAACACAACCUCAGAGCCCAGUACAGAGACAGAGACAGUGGUGGGAACCCCACCCGAGGAACAGACAACCAGUCCCAGCUCUCCCAGUCCAGUGACUCAGCAGAUGACAGCUAUGAGUAUUUCCCAAGACUCAGGAGCUGUGGACUCAGAUCGAGCGGAGGCCGAAGAGGGAGAAGAGGAGGGUACUUCUAGUAACACAGAGCCAGCAGGGGAAACGGCACAAGCUUCAGAUGGUGACCAGACCCCUGAUAAAAAUAAGAAAAAGAACCGUUGCUUUUCUUGCCGGAAGAAAGUGGGCCUUACUGGUUUUGACUGUCGCUGUGGUAACCUGUUCUGUGCCAUUCACCGCUACUCUGACAAACACGACUGUCCCUACGAUUACCGGAGUGCAGCUGCCGCCCGCAUACGCAAGGAAAACCCCAUUGUGGUGGCCGAGAAAAUUCAGAAGUUGUGAGGACUGAACAUAGAAAGAGUCUCUCUGACUUUGUGAAUUUGAACAAUGGCGAGUUGGAUGAAAACACCUGAUAUCAUGGCUUCAUUUGUUCAUGGUAGUCUAACAUGGGAUGGGUGGGGGUGGUGCGAUCACAGCCACUGUCCGGACUCUUCCCUUAUUAGUAUCUCCCCUUCUCUCCACUAGUUUGCGGCUGAAUCUGAUUAUUUGUGUGUGUGUGCUAGUAUGAAAGUGUGCGCUCAUUUGCUUGAGAGUUGGGGAGAGAGCAGUAGGGGCUUGGUGGACAUUGAUGUUGCUGUGGGGAGGAAAUGCAUUUGAUUUUACCCGUUUUUGUUUCUUAACUUGGGGGGGAUUGUGUGGCUUUAUUUUUUAUAUAAUCCCUGUGAGGUAGUUGAAACAAGGCAGGGCUAAGCUGUUAGGAAAUAUGCAGCAGCACGGCUAACAACACAGAGGUCAAUCCAGAAGAUCUAGCAUUUAAUAUAAAAAAAAACCUCACUGGGAGACUCCAUGUAUCAGCAAGACCUUAAGGGCUUUGGAAUUUUUUUUUUUUUUCCAGGCUAAAAAUGAUGUCAACUUCUUGUCAAAUUGAUAUACCUUUUUUUUCUUCCCACCUCCAUUUAACUGUUUUUCUUUGGGUCACCACACGUUGAACUCCCAAGUCUCAGCAUUUUUUCAGAAAUGUUGUUCUUUGAUAUAUUGACUUAUCAUACUGAUACUGGGUGCAUGAACAGUUAUUGGAGGUUAGAGGUAGGGGAGGUAAAGGGUAUGGGAAGCUGAACCUUGACUUACUGAGUGAUUGAAUUCUGUAUUUUUUUUGUUUUUUUUUUUUUUUCUGUUUUAAUGAGCGUAUGACAUCAGAAGAUCUAUAUUAAUAUAUUGUAGUUAGCUUGAAUUGUGUGAUUGCAUUCUAUUUAUUUUUUAUCGUUUGGUUGAUCUGUGCUGGAGGAUUGGCAGCAUGUGUCAGCAAAUCAUUAAGAUUUGCGCUUAACCUUUUCAAUUAUAUUUAAGUAAUUCCAUUGAUUAUAUAACCAUUGAAAAAAGAACACAUUCUCUUACACAAUGGAGUAGAGUCCAGUUAAGUCAUUACAAUUAAGAUUGUGCAUUAAAAUGUCUGUUAUAGAUCUGGAAACAAAGCACAACAUAGUGUGUCAACUGCAGAGCACAAAGCAAUGUGUCACACCUCAGUUUUUGUUCAGCAUUUGGGUCAUUUGCAGUUUAUAUUUGAUCUGAAUAGCAGGCUUUUUUGGGGAAAAAAUGAGACGUAUUCUCCUUGAAUACCCUUUUAUGUUCUGUGGAGUCCAGUGAAGCUCCGUGUUUUCUAACCACCAGCAGACCACUGACAAAUGCUGAAUGAAAACUGAUCUGGGUCACAGUUUCUCUACAUAUUGACACACAUUUUGCUUAACUAAGUAAAGACCAGCUCAAGGCUACAGAGAUGCGUGCUGUGCUUUUACAAUGUGCUCAGAUUCAGAUGAGUCCUUACUAUGAAGACCGCUUCCUGCUAGCUUCUUCUAGGAUGUUCUAACUUAAUUGCAUGUGUGCAGUUAAACAUAUGAGUUACUGUUUUGUAACUGGCUGCACUGUUUGAGAUGAAGCUGGAAUGUUUCCAAAGCCACAGAGCAGUAGCACAAUGCAUGGCUGAACCUAAGGUUCAUGUUAACAGGACUCUACUUUUUCCAAAUGUAAAUACCAUAUGGCGCCUAUUCAUAUAGUAUAAUCUUAAUGUAGAUUUUUGCCAGAUAAGAAAGGUGGGGGACUAAACUGAAGAAUAGUACUGUGUAAAAAAAAAAAAAAAAAAAUGUUUUUUUAAAAAGUACUUCUUUCCUAAUUAUCCAAAAAAAGAAUGUGCCACAAAUGGUGCAGGUAUUAUUUCCACAUUUUCCCCCAUUUCUGAUGACAUCUGCCCAUGUGAUGUCCAGUUUUAUUUCAGUAACUGGCUCCACCAUAAAUAACUCCCACGGGCAUAUGGCUUUGAUAGUUAACAAGCCCUAUAAGCGUUAUUAACCUUGCUGAAUUACACAGUAUCCCAGUCCAUGCUUUUAUCCUGUUACUGAUUCUAUUCAUAGCUUAGUAAUAUCACUGAAAGUUAAAAAGCCCCUGGUGAGGCAUAGAGGGGCAUUUGAGGUUUUAUCUUUUCAUUAUCAAAGCUUUCCUUGUAAAUGUUGCUUGAUCUUGGUCAUUAAAUAUUUAUAAAGAAGAAAAAAAAAAAAGCUGUAGAAAAGGUAUUUGGAGAGUAUGUGUUUUCUAAAUAAGCCAA